AUGUCCCUUGCUUCAGGCCCUGGGCCCGGGUGGUUACUCUUUUCCUUUGGAAUGGGACUGGUAUCGGGGUCAAAGUGUCCAAAUAAUUGUCAGUGUCAAGUCCAAGAAGUGAUCUGCACAGGGAGCAGGUUAACUGAAUACCCCUCUGACAUACCCCUCAACACCCGGAGGCUGUACCUGAAUGAUAACAGCAUCCGUUUUUUGCCAGCGAUGAAUCUAGGACUCCUCAGUGACCUUGUUUACUUGGACUGUCAGAAGAACCUGAUUCAGGAGGUGAUGGAUUAUACCUUCGUCGGGGUCUUCAAACUCAUCUACCUCGAUCUCAGCUCAAACAAUCUAACCUUGAUCUCCCCAUACAGUUUCUCCGUGCUUAGCAACCUGGUACAGCUGAAUAUCUCCAACAACCCUCAUCUGCUAUCACUUAACAAGUACACCUUUGCCAACACCAGCUCUUUGAGGUAUCUGGACCUCAGAAACACCGGCUUGCAGACCUUGGACAAUGAUGCCUUCACUAACCUCAUAACACUGCAGACCCUGUACCUGAGUGGAAACCCCUGGAAAUGCAACUGCUCUUUCCUGGACUUCACCAUCUACUUAAUAGUGUCCCAUCUGAACCAUCCAGAUGAACAAAAUGCCACGUGCGUGGAGCCCACAGAGCUGGCAGGGUGGCCCAUCACGAAGGUGGGGAACCCGCUCCGGUACAUGUGCAUCACGCACCUGGACCGCCAAGACUACAUCUUCCUGCUCCUCAUUGGCUUCUGCAUCUUCUCUGCGGGCACCGUGGCCGCCUGGCUGACAGGCGUGUGCGCCGUGCUCUACCAGAACGCCCGCCGCAAGUCAAGUGAGGACGAGGCAGAGGACGAGCAUGGGCAGAGGGUGGAAGUCAGCAGGAGGAUUUUUCAAAGCAGGGUGGACUCAGGCCAGGAUGGGUUCCCUCAGCUGAUUUAG